AUGACCAGCUCAUCUAGCAUCAACAUCGAAAAUGAACCAAAACAUCUCACCUCAUCUUGUGUUUGUUGUCCCAUGACGGCCUUAUUCCGUCGCUAUCAGCAGAUCAAAUACGAACACCUCGUAGCCGGAAUUGCAGGCGGAGUAGUUUCCACUACCAUCCUGCAUCCCCUAGACACGAUAAGAACCAGAUUAGCAGUAAGUGGCAGUCGUUUGAUCUGUGCUGGUGUUCAGCGUCCUCAUUACGGCGGCCUCGUCGACGUCCUGACGAGCAUCACGAGAACCGAUGGCGUUCACGGUUUGUACAGAGGCGUAACACUGGGCAUCCUGACGGCCGGAUGCACUUGGGGCUCCUACUUUUUCUUUUACGACGCACUCAAAGCAGAGCUGCAGCGUGACGACCCUAGCAAACCAUUGGGUCCAGCACGGCAUGUGAUGGCAGCCGCUGAAGCUGGAAUAGUCACACUCGUCUUAACUAAUCCCAUCUGGGUAAUCAAGACUCGGCUGUGUCUUCAAUUCGGUGUCAAUUCUCAAUGCGUCUCGGAGCAAAAACUUUACAAGGGAAUAAUGGAUGCACUGGUGAAAACUUACCGUUACGAAGGGAUUCGAGGUCUGUACAGGGGAUUUCUUCCUGGAGUGUUUGGUGUUUCGCACAGUGCCGUCCAGUUUAUGGUCUACGAGGAGAUGAAAAACGGUUACAACAAACACCGAAACAUGUCCAUCGACUCUAGAAUGCAGAGUACGAUGACGUAUUUAUCUUUUGCUGCCAUGUCCAAGUUGAUUGCAGUCACAGCCACGUAUCCCUACCAAUUGAUGCGUACCCGUAUGCAAGACCAGUAUCACGAACAUAACGGCGUAAUCGACAUGCUUACGCGGACAUGGAGACAUGAAGGAGUACGAGGAUUCUACAAGGGAAUGCUGCCCACGUUGCUGAGGGUUACACCAGCAACGGCCAUCACGUUUGUCGUCUACGAAAACGUGUCUCACAAUCUAGUUUCAGUGGCAUCGAGCAGCUCAAGCCAAACUAUUGACAACACCACUUUAACGAGUGCUCCUCUUACUCCAGCUGUUCUCUAGAAGUCUGCCAGCAGGCAAAUUCAAAACCCAAUAUUAAAUAGCCCAAAAUUUAAUAUGUUAUUGUUAUGUCUAUUUUGUAAUAAUCUUUCCUGAUAAUUAGAGAGAGGAAAGGAUUCUGAAAGAGUUCUUUCCAGAGUAUUGGCCAUUUCACGAAUUAAUGCGAAAACAAAAUACUAUUUUGUCAUCGAGUUAUAUUGAUACACAGAGAAAUAAUUACAAAACGACAAAA